AUGAAUUGGACGGCGUUCAACCCCACGGACGCGGGUUUCCACGGCGGGAGCGCGCAGCCUUUCCCCGCGUGCUGCACCUGGACCUCGAGCGUCACGCACUCGGGUUCGGCGCAUGGCGGUGCGCACGAGCGCGGCUCGCUCGUCCCCAACAUGGUGCAGGUCGCCGUGAUGUGCGUGCUCGCGCUCACCGUGGUCUUCGGCAUCUUCUUUCUGGGCUGCAACCUGCUGAUCAAAUCCGUGGGAAUGAUCAACUUCCUCGUGACGGAUCGAAGAUAUUCCAAAGACGUCGAGGCGGUGAUCCUGGAGUCGUAG